GCAGGACCGGGCGUGAAUGGAACAGGACAGAAGGAACCCGAAAAAUCGCCUGAGGCAGGACCGGGCUUGAAUGGCGCGGGACAGAAGGAAUCCGAAAAAGCGCCUGAGGCAGGAGCAGGCGGGGAUGGUAACACAAAUGAGGACCCCAAGCAAAAUAUGACUCCCAAGCCAGGUGAUGCUGCCGGAGACAACGCGGGCAUUGGCCAGCAAACUUGGACCUUAACGAUGGUUAUUCCUCUCUUCCUUCUGGCGUAUUUUUAA